AUGCAGCGAAGUUCAGAACUUGGAACGCAUUUAUCUCGAGACGAACACUCGAGUGAGUGCAGUGUGUAUAGCGAAUCGACAGAUGAAGGGGUCAACCCAGUCCACGAUGUGCAGAUUCUCAAGACCCUAGCCAUGAUAAAGGCCAGAGACCCUCGCAUAUUCGACAAGGAUGUGCGUUUUUUCUCUGACGACGCUCUGCCUCAGGCACCAGCUAGUGUGAAGGCAGCAACUGAUAAGCUGCAACAUUCACGUAAGGAGGAGUUCAACGCUAUAGCACGCAACAUGGUCGGCCAGCGAAUGGCCGAACGUGGAGAUGAGACAGGCGAUCCAUCGACACAUCUUACUAACAAGGAGCGCAGAAUGCUCUCCAAAAUACCACUUCAUGCCGAUGCAGAGUCUAUAAAGGUCUGUCAGGACUGGGUUGCGUCCCAAACGGGAGAGGUACACGCAGAAGACAAGACAGACAAGUUCCUUAUGAAUUACCUGCAGUCCCAAGCGUGGUUGCAAGAUGAGGUUUCCGAACGAUCAAGCACAGAUUUGAAGGACGUCUCUGACUCUGAAAAGCAACUAGAAGCACAAGAUCUUUACGAAGACGCGUACAAUCACCGCAAAGAAGAGGAUACCCGACAGAUCAUCAACUAUGCGCGGAAUGUUUUCCGGUCCAUACGAGAAACUAGGUCGAAGAGGGCAGAGGCAAGACAGCGGAAAAAAGAACGAGUAGCCAACGAUGCGCUUAUGCGGAAGAGUGAGAUUGAAAAGAAGAAGGCCGAGAAGAGGGCAGAAAUAAUGGACGAACUGAAGAAGCUAGCAGAGGAGUCUGGGAUUCCAUUGGAGAAGUUACAAAGCCAUCCCUUAUUUGAUGAGAAAGACUUCGAUGGCAAUGACCUGGGAGAGGUGAUGGACCAGCUAUUUGAUGAUAAUUUUUAUGAUAGCGCCAAUGGAAACGAAGAUCCGGGCGAAAAGCCUGUUUUUAGCAGCAUGAGUGAAGAUGUGAGUGAGCAGGACUAUGAGGAUAAUUCGGAGCAUAGCGAUACAAGCGGUUCGGGACACAGUCACAAGAAGGAAAAGCACGAGGCAGAGCUUGAGCCACACAUCAAGGCAAAGUUGGAUAGGCACAUGAACGAACUUAAUAUGAUGGACGAGGUGGAUUAUGUUCCAGGAUUCGGGCCUGUCCGAUUCCGAUACACGUCUGUCACACCUAACAACUUUGGUCUUACAGAUGAAGAUCUUCUAAUGGUUCCUGAAAAGGAGCUCGACAAAAUUAUGGCAACUAGACACAUGGUGCCCUACGUCAAGCACGAUCCAGAGAUGAAUUAUAGCAACUUUUGGGACUUGCGCAGACAGGGUAUUAUUCGGGGCAAUCCAAAGAGCGUCCGUGAAGAGAAGCUCAAAGAGCACAGCAGACCUCUCCGAGGAUAUACUAAGAAAGAGCCGACUGGGGCUGCCCGCCAGGACAUGCUCCGCAAAGCCCAGAUCACAGGGUCUCAAGCCCGACUGGAUGCAUAUUUUCGUAAGUAG